GGGCGCCGGCGUGAGCGCGGCGGGCAGAGCCAUGGGGCAACGGCGCGCCGGGGACGGCCACCGCCACUCGGCGUCACCGGCCGGUCACCGGCCCCCAGCGUGGCAACCAUGAGCCCCCCCGCGGCCACGCCACCCCUCGCCGGACGAUGAGCGCCCACCGCCCGCCUCCUCGGCACGACGGCGCCGACGCCGCCGACGGCUGCCCCGCGGCGUUUUGGGCGCAGAAUGGAAACGUCCCCGGCGAGGCCGUCGCCCCCCGGCCGGCGACGACCGCGCCGCCGGUGCCCAAAAUGGGGGUGCGAGCCCGCAUCGCCGACUGGCCCCCCAAAAGGGAACCCGCAGCCGCCAGCCCGAGCCGGGAAGGGAGCCGGGAGGCGGCGUCCCCGAGGGGCGGCGGCGUCCCCCCCGGCGGGCAGCAGCCGCCCCUCGGCGGUGGCGGCGUUUCGGGGCUCAAAGCCCUGCACCGCCUGGCGCGGCGGCGCUCCAAGGACGUGGAGUUCCAGGAGGGGUGGCCGCGCUCGCCCGGCCGUGCCCUGGUCCCGCUGCGGCACCGCAGCAGCAGCGAGGUGACGCUGAGCGAGUGCGACCCCGAGGAGGCGGCGGAGGCGCGGGGGGCCAAGCUGGCGGGGGCCGGGGGGCUGUUCCGCGAGUACGGCAGCACCUCGUCCAUCGACGUGCAGGGGAUCUCGGAGCAGAGCUUCUUCGCCAUGCUCAACGAGUUCCGCAGCGGCGGAAAGACCUCGGCCGCCUCCGUGGAGAACCCCCCGGGACCGUCCCCCGGCGUGGCGGUGGACGGCAGGACGGGGACGCCGCGGGACGAGCCGGCGGCGGCGCAGCCCAAGGAGAAGGCGCGCAGGAAGGGUCCCAAGGGCGACGCCGGGGGCGAAUCCAUCUUCAGGAAGCUGCGGAGCGGCCGAAACGAAGGGGAAGGAGGCGGCGGUGAGGAGGGGAGGGCGGCCGAGCCAGGCAAGGCGUGGGUGUGCCGGCGGAGCUUCGCCCACUACGACGUGCAGAGCAUGCUCUUCGACCUCAACGCCGUGGCCGCCAACCGCGCCGUGGUGGCCCAGCGCCGCAACACCACCACGGGAGCUUCGGCGGCUUCGGCCGCCACCGCGCGCCCCGGCGGGCCGGACCCGGCCUUCGCCAGCACCGAGGACCUCAACGGCAAGGAGAACCUGGAGCACGACGUGGGGGACAACACCAGCAACGAGCUCCUGCUGAGCUGCCCCCAUUUCCGCAACGAGAUCGGCGGCGGGGGCGAGCGCAACGUCAGCUUCUCCAGGGCUUCGGGAGGCUCGGCCGGCGGCGGCCCCGUGGGCGACGGCGGCUUCCCGGAGCCCAGCCUCGACGCCCGGCCCACCAACGCCGGCAUCUCGGUGCUGGAGGUGCCCAAGGAGCUGCAGAGGAACCCCAACCGGCUCAAGCACUACAGCGUCGAGCACGUGGACCUCGGCGCCCGCUACUCCCGGGACCAUUUCCACGGCAAAGAGCACUCCAACUACUUCGGGGUGGACGAGAAGCUGGGCCCCGUGGCCGUCAGCAUCAAGCGGGAGAAGCUGGAGGACCACAAGGAGCACGGCCCCCAGUACCAGUACAGGAUCAUCUUCCGGACCAGCGAGCUCACCACGCUGCGCGGCUCCAUCCUGGAGGACGCCACCCCCACGGCCACCAAGCACGGCACGGUGCGGGGCCUCCCCCUCAAGGACGCGCUGGAGUACGUCGUCCCCGAGCUCAACAUCCACUGCCUGCGCCUGGCCAUGAGCACCCCCAAGGUCACCGAGCAGCUCCUCAAGCUCGACGAGCAGGGGCUCUGCCGGCGGCACAAGGUGGGCAUCCUGUACUGCAAAGCCGGGCAGAGCUCGGAGGAGGAGAUGUACAACAACGAGGACGCGGGGCCGGCCUUCGAGGAGUUCCUCUCGCUGCUGGGGGAGAAGGUUUGCCUCAAGGCCUUCAGCAAGUACGCCGCGCAGCUGGACACCAAGACCGACUCGACGGGCACCCACUCGCUCUACACCACCUACCAGGACUACGAGAUCAUGUUCCACGUCUCCACCAUGCUGCCCUACACCCCCAACAACCGGCAGCAGCUGCUGAGGAAGAGGCACAUCGGGAACGACAUCGUCACCAUCAUCUUCCAAGAGCCCGGAGCCUUGCCCUUCACCCCCCAGAACGUCCGAUCGCACUUCCAGCACGUCUUCAUCAUCGUCCGAGCCCACAGCCCGUGCACCGAGAACGUCUGCUAUAGCGUGGCCGCGACCAGGUCCAAAGACGUGCCCCCCUUCGGGCCCCCCAUCCCCAACGGCGUCACCUUCCGCAAGUCCGACGUCUUCCGAGACUUCUUGUUGGCCAAAGUCAUCAACGCGGAGAACGCCGCCCACAAAUCGGACAAGUUCCACACCAUGGCCACGCGCACGCGGCAGGAGUACCUCAAGGACCUGGCCGAGAACUGCGUCACCAACACGCCCAUCGACUCGGCCGGGAAGUUCAACCUCAUCUCCUUGGCCUCCAAGAAGAAGGAGAAGACGAAAGCCCGGGCGGGUGCCGAGCAGCACAGCGCCGGGGCCAUCGCUUGGCGCGUCUCCGCUCAAGACUUCGCCCGCGGAGCCGAGAUCGCCUGCGUCUUGGGCAUCUCCAACGAGUUCGUGGUGCUGCUGGACCUGGCCGCCAAGGAGGUGGUCUUCAACUGCUUCUGCGGGGACGUCAUCGGCUGGACCGCCGACGCCUCCACCCUCAAGAUCUUCUACGGCCGCGGCGACCACAUCUUCGUCCGGGCGGCCGAGGGCGGCCCCGAGGACGUCAAGGAGAUCGUGCAGAGGCUGAAGGUGACGACGGCGGGCUGCGAGACGGUGGACAUGACCUUGCGGCGCAACGGGCUGGGCCAGCUGGGCUUCCACGUCAAGUACGACGGCACGGUGGCCGAGGUGGAGGACUACGGCUUCGCCUGGCAGGCCGGCUUGCGGCAGGGCAGCCGCCUGGUGGAGAUCUGCAAGGUGGCCGUGGUGACGCUCAGCCACGACCAGAUGAUCGACCUGCUGCGCACCUCCGUCACCGUCAAGGUGGUCAUCAUCCCGCCCCACGAGGACGGGGCCCCGCGCAGGGGCUGGGCCGAAUCGGUGGAGCUGAGCGGCGCCGAGCCCAAGGGCGAAGCGGAGAGCGGGCGGCCCCCCUACCGCAGCAGCGCCGGCUGGCAGUGGAGCGGCCCCGCGUCCCACAACGCCGCCCCGGCCGCCGCGAGCCACGGGCAAGCCCUCGGUGGCCCCACGGGCAGGGCCACCAAGCAGCCGCCGCCGGUGGCCUACCGCGAGGUGCAACCCCUGCACGGCAAGAGACCCGUCAGCUUCCCCGAAAGCCCCCACCCCGCCGCGCCGGCACCGGUGGCAGCCGAGCGGCCGCAGCCGUACCGGCAGCCGUCGGGGAGCUUCUCGGCGCCCGGCGGUGCCGCCGCCGCCACCUACGCUCGCUAUAAACCCUCGUCGGAAAG